AUGUCUUCCGCUACUUUAGAUAUUCAAUGUGUUUUACGGACGGAUAAUAAAUAUCUGAUAAAAGAAAUAUCUAUAGUCGACACAGAUACUUGGGCAACUCAACAUUGGAUAUUAAGAAAUUCGCAGAGUGCUCAAAACGGAAAAAUUCGUAAUACAAAUAAAUGGCUCAAACGAAAUUUCCAUAAUAUACCCGUAGAAUACGGCGAUGUAGAGUAUGAAGAACUUGAUCGUAUUUUGAACUCGUUGAAAUUCGAUCACAUAUACGUUAAGGGAGAACAGAAACAGAAAAUGAUCAUAGAUUUUAUUCCGCAAGUCAACGUCUAUUAUCUAUGGAAACCAAUAUACAUAAAGACACUCUAUAGUUUGUCUCAGGAGAGAACGGGCCGCUUGUGCGCAUGUUUACCCCUCCACAUAACUUGA